GGAUCUGCGCCGCGGUUUUCCGAGUGGGAAGUGGCGUUUGUAAGGGGAGGGGGCGUCGGCUCGUCUGCUUGCCGAGCCGUGGUGCUACUGUCCGGGCGGAGCUCGUGGUGCUAGACCUAGCUGGGUCGUGCAGCUGGGCGUGGGGCGAGAAAGAAGCAAGGAUCCUCCAUGGUCUUCUCAUUCACAGGUUAAAGCUACCUUUCCAGAUAGUUCAACAACUAAGUCACCAGCUUCCAAGGGCAUUUGUACCACCUAUGGAAAACAUCGGAUCCGUGUACACCAGAUGUCCCUGACAACUCAUCCCACCAUCUCCCUGAAGAAAAUUUGCACCAACAGCGGACAAGAAAGGCAACCAUUGUUUCUUUUAUUACCAAGUAGAUAUAACAUCCCUGCCAACAAAACAAUACAUAAAGUGUCUCUUCACAGUAUCACGACCAGUUGAGAACAUGCUAAGAAAAUCAGCUUGCCUAGAUGAGGACCCCUUCUCUUCUUGGGUAGCCAGGAUUUGAAGGAGAGACUCUGACCUGUACCACUGGUAAGUGACUUAACACUUUUACACACUGAACUGGUCCUGAGAACUGAGAUGUCUUCUUUGUAAGUGAAGAAUAUGCAACAUAAUCUUGAAGAACUGCACAGUGAUAUGAGCCAGAGGCAUAUUGUGUGUGUGUGUAAUGGACUGACAAAUUAAUCUUGUUGAAGGAUUUUUCAUCUUUUGUUUCUAUUUGCUAGUUUUAGUCAGUAUUUUGCUGGCUUAGAUUGUUACCUUUUUCUGGUUUCUGCUUCUAAUCUAAUGGGUCCCAGAAAUCCCUCUCCUGACCCUUUAUCAGAAUCAGAAAGUGAGGAAGAAGAAAGUGCUAACUACCUAAAUGAGAGUUCUGGGCAAGAGUGGGAUUCCUCUGAAGAAGAAGACCCUGUGGUGCCCAACCUCACACCUCUUGAGAGUCUUGCCUGGCAGGUUAAGUGCCUUUUAAAAUACUCUACAACUUGGAAACCUUUAAAUCCUAAUUCCUGGUUAUAUCAUGCUAAACUCUUGGAUCCAAGCACACCAGUCCAUAUACUUCGGGAGAUAGGUCUAAGACUCUCCCAUUGCUCCCAUUGUGUACCCAAACUGGAACCAAUUCCCGAAUGGCCUCCUCUGGCUUCUUGUGGAGUCCCACCUUUUCAAAGGCCCCUUACAAAUGCCAGUCGGCUUUCUAGAGAUCAUGCCACUCUAAACGGAGCACUGCAGUUUGCCACCAAACAGUUAAGCCGGACAUUGAGUAGAGCCACUCCCAUACCUGAAUACCUAAAACAGAUCCCUAAUUCAUGUGUUUCUGGUUGUUGCUGUGGCUGGUUAACUAAAACAGUUAAGGAAACAACCCGCACUGAACCCAUCAACACUACCUACUCGUAUACUGACUUCCAGAAGGCAGUUAACAAACUCCUAACCGCAUCACUCUAAAGACCCACCAUUUGUUCUGCUAUCUCUCAUAUUGCUAACUGAGAAGGAAGUACAAAGUCACACACGCCAUAGUUGAAAAGCAAAUGCCUUCUCAACCAAACCAUACCCUGUCCUAACAAGCCCUUAAGUACUACCAAGUACAGUGGUACCAUAACUCAGCUACAAAAAAUGCGUGGUGAUCAUGCCCUUUGACAGACCCUGUGGAUAAAAUGAAAGCUUGAGUAGAAAAUUAGACAAAAGGGACCAUAUUACAAAAGUUUAGUUGACUGUUGUCCACACUCAGUUCUCCCCCUCCGCCACCCGCCCAAUUUAUUCUGCCUUUCUGAAUGGACUCUUAACCAGAUAUUUCAUUGUGAACGGGAAGGAAGAAGUAGUAGGUCCCUACCUAACCUUCAGAAUAGCCAGUGGGGAAGAGGGAACUUAGCUAUUCUCAAUAACACCUCUCUGAGCAUACUCUUUUCUAACAAUUUCUAUGAGAUAGUUGCAUUAAUUGGAAUUCCUUAGACAAAAGAAAAUGAUGGGGCUAUGAAUUUAUCUCCCAGCUUUUAUACAGAUAGGCCUAUAUAUGGCACCCUUUAGGGUUCCUAUUUUGGAGGGGAGGGAGUGAAGUUUCAAACCAAGGCUGCACUGCUUCAGGCCUAUUACAGUACCUGCAGCUACAGUAUAAACCUUUAUACAUUAAACUCCCACCAGGCUGUCUCUAGCUACACUGGCCUAAAAAUUGUAACCAGGGGUUAAACAGACACCUGUUCUGCGGGGAAUAGGUUUCCUGCAUCUGGGCAUUCAGACUUUGGUCAAGAGCAGAUCACAUUUUAAAAGACCAAUGGGAAAGGAUUAAAAGCAUUUAUGCUUUCAAUAUUAACUGCUAAUGAAUUAAAAUAUUUCAUCUGCAUAAUGUUCUCAGCAGUACUUUAUGCACUGUUUACAUCCAUUGCAAACUUUUCAGGAACUCUUCUAACUUUAAAGAACUUAGCACUACAGAAAAUCUCAGCCUAAUACAAUCAGAAGUUGGAGUUUUUAGCAGCAUUGUUUUUCUACAUGGAUUAGCUUUAGAUUUUCUUCUAGCUCAACAAGGAAGAGUAUGUACCCUUAUAAAUGAAUCUUGCUGCAUUUAUUGAAAUGAGUCAAAACAUAGAAAUCAUACAUAAAAGAAGAUUCAUGGGACCAAUAAAUCUUUUCACACACCUACACUAGAGUGAAACCUGUGUGUGUGAUCCUGGUUGACGGGGCAUCUAAAAGGAAUCAGAAAAUAGAUUGUUAAAGAUCCUAUAUCCUUUCAUUUUACUUUUACUUUUUUCCUGUUCUCCAUAAUUAAGUGCUGUAUAUGAUGUGGCAUCAAAAAAAUGGAAGCAUUAAUGGAAUCACAAAUUCUCUACAUGUAUAGCAACUUCAAGGAGAGAGAAGAAUGUUUAUAAUCCAAUGAGAAUUUCUGCUGAGCCUUAGUUGUCAUGUCUUGAGGGAAAAAGAGGGACCUGUAGUAGGUAGGAAAGAUACUUGUGAAUGGAAAAUUACUGAACUGAAAACAUACCAUACUGUUAGUGUAAUUGAAUGUAUCAGAAACUGUUCCUAUGUAGAGAUGUUCUGUGAAAUUGGGUUUUUUAAAUGUUAUAAAAACCUGUUUCCCUUUUUUUUUUUUUCCUUAAGGGGAAGGUGGGAAGAGGUAGGGAGGUCUGAAAAUUAAAAUAUAUUGAUGUUUAUGUAACCAUAAUAUGUUUCUUUUUCUCUGUGUGUGUAUAUAAAAGUGCCUUGCUCCUGAAGCAUUUUUGCUAUUCAUUCCGAAAGGAAGCCUUUCCCCAGCUCUGCAGCUGAAUAAACCAACAGCUUUGUACGUGC